AUGAGUUCCGUUGAGGAUUCCGUGAUUUCCUUAAAAGUGAAGUGCCAAAAGAUUGUUGAUGGCAAGAAGGACGUAAGUCAUUCGUUUUAUUAUUCAGACUGUUCAAAUUUUAGAUGGAUGAAGCUUACGGACUACUCGAAGGCCUCGAACAAAUAGCCAUCACUGUGGAGGUUCUCACAGUAAGAUUUUAGUCAUCUUGCACUAGACCCUUUUGAUGUCAGAAAAAUAAUUUUUUGUUUAGAAGACUCGGAUUGGAAUGACCGUAAAUGAUCUCCGGAAGAAGACCAAGGACGAGAAGUUGGCGAAACGUGCCAAGGCGCUGAUUAAGAAAUGGAAAGCGAUGAUUGACACUGGAGGCGGAGGAAAUACCAAGGAGAAAGAGAGCAAGCCGGCCAAUGGAGUGACAAAGAGCGAAUCGCCAGCUCCAGUGCAAACACAACCACAGGUCUUCAAGAGAACUGCAGCCGCCAGUAAUGAUUCGGUAAGGAUUAUUAACGAUUUUUUUGGGUAAUUUCGAAAUUUGAGGGAUUUUGGUGUUGUACAAGAGAAUUAUUUUGGAUUUUAUUGUGUGGUUUUUAAUGUAGUUGCUUUUCAGACCCGUUGCCAAUCAAUCACAGUGCUGGCGAAGUCGCUGAGAGCCGGCGAACUGCCCGACGGAACGCAGGAUCCGGACGAAUUGGCCGAACGAAUCGAAGAGGCCAUCUUCCAGUUCACCGGCGGCGUCAACGACCGCUACCGAUCCAACAUCCGGUCGCGGAUCUUCAACCUGCGCGACAAGAAGAACCCGGCCCUCCGCGAAAACGUCCUCACGGGCGCCGUUCGCCCCGAACGCUUCGCCCAAAUGACGGCCGAGGAGAUGGCGUCGGACGAGAUGAAGAAACAAAGAGAAUCCUUCCACAAAGAAGCCAUCAACGAGCAUCAAAUGGCCGUCCAAGAAGGCACCCCCUCGGACAUGUUCCGUUGCGGCAGAUGCGGGAAGAACAACUGCACCUACAACCAGAUGCAGACCCGCUCCGCCGAUGAACCGAUGACCACGUUCGUGUUUUGUAGAACCUGCGGGAACCGCUGGAAGUUCUGUUAA